UGAGUUUUGAUGUUUUCGGAUGAAAUCAAAUGUUUGUUUUGAUUUUGAUGAGAAAUUUAAUUUGACUGUUUAAUUUGAUUUUGUUGAUUGGCUUUUACUUUAAUUGAAUAAAAGAACUAAUUUAAAAUGAAUAGACGUGACGAAGACUCGGAGGAAGAUGAAACUGGUCAAGAAUUGGAGGUAAUUCCACCACAAGAGCUUGGAGAUAAAAGAAAACGUUUCUUUUCAAAGGAAUUGAGAUGUAUGAUGUAUGGAUUUGGUGACGAUCAAAAUCCUUAUACUGAAUCAGUUGAUCUGCUAGAGGAUUUGGUUAUCCAAUAUAUCGCUGAGGUAACUCAUAAAGCCAUGGAAUUAGGAAGAUCUGGUAAAGUUGCUGUUGAAGAUAUAAUGUUCCUGAUGAGAAAAGAUAAAAGGAAAUAUUCUCGUAUUAAAGACCUUCUAUUUAUGAAUGAAGAACUUAAAAAAGCAAGAAAAGCCUUCGAUGAAGUUAAAUACGCUUCCGUUUAAAGUGAUGGUUAACCAAAAUCUCCUUGCAAAUGA